AUGGCCCCGCCGCUCCUGCUGCUGCUGCUGGCCAGUGGAGCGGCCGCCUGCCCGCUGCCCUGCGUCUGCCAGAACCUGUCCGAGUCGCUCAGCACCCUCUGUGCCCACCGAGGCCUGCUGUUUGUGCCGCCCAACGUGGACCGGCGCACAGUGGAGCUGCGGCUGGCUGACAACUUCAUCCAGGCCCUGGGGCCCCCUGACUUCCGCAACAUGACGGGACUGGUGGACCUGACACUGUCUCGCAAUGCCAUCACCCGCAUUGGGGCCCGCGCCUUUGGGGACCUCGAGAGCCUGCGUUCCCUCCACCUUGACGGCAACAGGCUGGUGGAGCUGGGCACCGGGAGCCUUCGGGGCCCCGUCAAUCUGCAGCACCUCAUCCUCAGCGGCAACCAGCUGGGCCGCAUCGCGCCGGGAGCCUUCGACGACUUCCUAGAGAGCCUGGAGGACCUGGACCUGUCCUACAACAACCUCCGGCAGGUGCCCUGGGCCGGCAUCGGCGCCAUGCCUGCCCUGCACACCCUCAACCUGGACCAUAACCUCAUUGACGCACUGCCCCCAGGCGCCUUCGCCCAGCUCGGUCAGCUCUCCCGCCUGGAUCUCACCUCCAACCGCCUGGCCACGCUGGCUCCGGACCCACUUUUCUCUCGUGGGCGUGAUGCAGAGGCCUCUCCCGCCCCCCUGGUGCUGAGCUUCAGCGGGAACCCCCUGCACUGCAACUGUGAGCUGCUGUGGCUGCGGCGACUGGCGCGGCCGGACGACCUGGAGACGUGCGCCUCCCCGCCCGGCCUGGCCGGCCGCUACUUCUGGGCAGUGCCCGAGGGCGAGUUCUCCUGUGAGCCACCCCUCAUUGCCCGCCACACGCAGCGCCUCUGGGUGCUGGAAGGCCAGCGGGCCACGCUGCGGUGCCGGGCCCUGGGUGACCCCACGCCUACCAUGCACUGGGUUGGUCCUGACGACCGGUUGGUUGGCAACUCCUCCCGAGCCCGGGCUUUCCCCAACGGGACCUUAGAGAUUGGGGUGACCGGGGCUGGGGACGCUGGGGGCUACACCUGCAUCGCCACCAACCCUGCUGGUGAGGCCACGGCCCGAGUAGAACUGCGGGUGCUGGCCUUGCCCCAUGGUGGGAACACCAGUGCCGAGGGGGGCCGCCCCGGGCCCUCGGACAUCGCCGCCUCGGCUCGCACUGCUGCCGAGGGUGAGGGGACGCUGGAGUCUGAGCCAGCCGUGCAGGUGACGGAGGUGACUGCCACCUCAGGGCUGGUGAGCUGGGGUCCCGGGCGGCCAGCCGACCCAGUGUGGAUGUUCCAAAUCCAGUACAACAGCAGCGAAGAUGAGACCCUCAUCUACCGGAUUGUCCCAGCCUCCAGCCACCACUUCCUGCUGAAGCACCUGGUCCCCGGCGCUGACUAUGACCUCUGCCUGCUGGCCUUGUCACCGGCCGCUGGGCCCUCUGACCUCACGGCCACCAGGCUGCUGGGCUGUGCCCAUUUCUCCACGCUGCCAGCCUCGCCCCUGUGCCACGCCCUGCAGGCCCACGUGCUGGGCGGGACCCUGACCGUGGCCGUGGGGGGUGUGCUGGUGGCUGCCUUACUGGUCUUCACUGUGGCCUUGCUGGUUCGGGGCCGGGGGGCUGGAAAUGGCCGCCUCCCCCUCAAGCUCAGCCACGUCCAGUCCCAGACCAAUGGAGGCCCCAGCCCCACACCCAAGGCCCACCCACCGCGGAGCCCCCCCCCCCGGCCGCAGCGCAGCUGCUCCCUGGACCUGGGAGAUGCCGGGUGCUACGGUUAUGCCAGGCGCCUGGGAGGAGCCUGGGCCCGACGGAGCCACUCUGUGCAUGGGGGGCUGCUCGGGGCAGGGUGCCGGGGGGUAGGAGGCAGCGCUGAGCGGCUGGAAGAGAGUGUGGUGUGAUGGACGGGCAGCUUCCUGUGUGCUCCAAGGGAUGAGCCUCGUGGGGCAGAGGGCCCGGGGCGGCCGCCUGGCCUGGGAGUCCCUCCCUCGUUUUUAUUCUCGGUACCUCAGGCUCCCCUGUGUACUGGGCGGGGCAGGGAGCCCUUUCCUCGGUUCUGGCCUCCAGACCAGGGUAAGGGCAGGUCCCUCCAACAGGUGCUCACAGCCACCGAGGCAGGGGCUGCAGCCACCCACUGGGAGUCUUGUUUUUAUUUAUAAUAAAAUUGUUGGGGACACCUCA